UGUUUUCUUGGUGAAUUGAAAAUACUCACACAAUUAGUACCUGCACUAUGGGCCAAUCUGUACUUGGUUAAUGUGGUCUGACUGCCACUUUGAGAUUAGUAAGAGAUUAGUAAAAAAAAAAAAAAAUUCAUUUACAAGGUAAUUGCUUUAAGGAAAUACCAUUCAGGUGCAUUAGCCACUCUGUCUUGCUACCACCCAUUAAAGAUUCCUAGAAAAGCGCCUUUUGUUUGAGCUGGUUUUACAGUGCAACACUUUAAUGCAUUUGGAAUUAUUUUUCCAAAUACUUUAAAUAAUAUUCCAUUCAGUUUGAAAUGAUGGACAUCACUUUUAAAAAUUCUGAGAAUGGUAGUUCUUGUUUUGAACCUGCCCUUUCUUCUGUUCUGUUUCUUUUUGACUAACUCAUACAUACAAAUGCAUAUACAGAUUUGCGUAGUCUUCCCACACUGUUCUGCAAGGACUAAAUCUCCUUGAGAAAUUGGGGCUGACUGGGGUGGGUAUGCCAAUGGUGAAGGCUACUGGCUAGCAGCUCACUGGUACACUGAGGAGCAGCUGUCUGAGGGAGACAGUUGCUUGACAGGUGGUGAAAUAGCAUUUCUUCCAGACAUAAAAAUCCUAGCUUCUCACUGGUCGAACUCACACAGGAACAGCUGACAAAGAGACUGUUGCCCCUGGUAUCUGGAACUGCCAGUUGCUGUUUUUGAAUGACAUCAUCAGCCAGCAAAAUGUUAACAUCCCAACUAUCCCCAUGUUUUAGUCAAAUGUUUUGUGGUUUUAUUAGUAUAAUUGUAAAAUAUUGAUGAGUGCCUCGGAUUCUAAGAAAAUCUAGCCUGAUGUUAUCGUUUCGAAGUUAUGUGAAGGCAACAGUUGGCAUAUAACAUUUACCAAUAAACAGCAAACAGCCUUUUAGCAUAGCAAAAACUUUUAGCACACACAAAACCAAUAACAUGCAUAUGCUAAAACAGAUCAUUGGUCAUAGUAUUUGUUUUUCACCAAUAAUUGGUUGUAUUAUUAGUGUUGUGUUUGCAUAUGGUAAAUCAGGCCCUAAGAUACAGAGAUACAUUUUCACAAGUUAUUGCAUCAAUCUAGUAAAUCAGCAUUUGAUGACUUGCUCUUCAUUGUUAAUGAUUUUGAAGUUUAAUAGAAAUUCUUUCAGUAAAGCCAGCACAUAAACAAAUAAUUUCAGAAAAUACAGACACUUGGAAAGAAACCUUGAAAUCAGCUGGUAUGUGAAUAUAUUUGAAAUUUCAUCUCAACAGUACUGUAGCUAUACACAUGGGUUCUCAUAUAAUAAUGUUUUGUGGAACUAUGAGAGCAAUACCAGGAAUCACAGUUCUUUGAAACUAUUGUUGAUCAAAGAUGAAAGACUGGGAUACAUUUUUGAUAAAAUGUCUCCUUCCACUGUAAUAAAGAGACCUUGAAACUAUGCUUUUUGAGAGCUUCUAUUUGUCAGUACAAACGUUGUUCAAUUGCAAACUAAUCUGACAAGUGAGCAAAGCUUUAAGGACUGAUUGACUCUAUUCAUCUUAUGCAACAGUGCUUAGAAAAUUGUACUUUUCAAUGUUAUUACAGAGUAAUAGAAGCUGUCACUGUUAUUUUAAACAGAUUGCAGGCUUCUGAAUCACAAAGGCAGGGGCUAUACUGAUUGGACUAAAACAUUUUUAUAACAGCAUGUUUUAGAAUCUGUAUCAGUACCCUGCACCUGUUGCUCGUGACCAACUUGCUGCCAUCUUCUAUGUGGUAGUCAACAUAGGAGAUGGUCAAGUCCAACAGCAUUUUCCCCUAACCUAAUCAGCAUUUUUCAUGCGUGAGUCACUUCCCUGUCACCGCCCUUAUAUGGCAUGGAGGGCAGGCCUGUCUCGAAGAGUGGGAAGUGAACUGCUUAAAAACAGCAGUGGUAGGAAACAGCAACAGGCUUGACACAGAGACACCCUGAAGAAUUGCAACCAACAUGGCAGACAAGGAGCAAAUGAAAAAGACAGCAGCCAAGGUUCUGGGUUGCGUGGAGAAGGUCUCCUCCUUUGCUUCCUCCAUAGACCCCCUUUUUGGUGUGGUCAGUUGCCUGGUAGGAGUGGUGCGCAAGGGCUUGGUGGAUAAAGAAGAUCACGCACUGGAAAAGGACUUCAGGGAGAUCCAUAACAAGCUGGAGAGCAUCUCCAUGAAGAACAAGAGGACCCUGCAGCAGAUCCGCAUAGAUGAGGUCAACGAGACCUUUGGCAAGUACGAGGAGUACAUCAAGCACCAAUACACGGCCUUUAGCACGAUGGUAGACCGUGUCAAGAAGGACCCAGGCCACGCGGAUCGCCACAUGAAGGAUUACGAGAAAAUCUACGAAAGAGACAAGAGCGACCUCAGCUUGAACGUCUACUACCGGGGUGUGAUGGGUUCCGAUGCAAUCUUUGGCAGGCCUCUGCUGAAAGUCUACCUCGAGCACUGCAACCACGACCGCAGGGUGAUGGAGCACAGAUGCUCCCACCUGGCCCACCUCUUCUACAUCGGGCUCAUCUCUCUCAUGGCAUACACCUCCGUCACCGAAGACGACGAGGAUGAAGUCAGGGAUAAGUGGGCUCCCAAAAUGGCAGACAUUGAGGCCAAAAUGCAAGAAGCCCUAAGACAGUGCAAUGAGGACUGACCUUACAGUCAGAAUGGCCUAUAUAGCUGGUGUGGAUGAUUUACAGAUUAUACAUUUUAUGGACUUUAGCAUUCUGCCCUUUUUCCAAAGAUCAAUUGCAAUAAAGCAAAACCAAAACGAAGAACAAGCAAAGGCUGUUUUUUAUGAUAAUAUUGUUAAUAUGGUGCUUAUAAAAAUCCAAAUGAACUAUUUUCAAUCAUAGUAUAUUGCACUAUUUUCUACAGCUACACUGAUUAUUUAAAAAAAAAAAAAAAAAAAAAAAAACCUCUUGGUGGAAUAAUGUUUCCUUAACUGAAUGCACUUGGUUUUUUGACCACUUUGACCUGUAACACUUUUAUGUGCUUACACUUUAUAUGCUGGAACUUUGCAAUAGCUGCCUUGGGAUACAAAACUUGGUGAAUGUACAAUUUCAUAUAUUUAAUAAAAUCAUUUGUCAAUGCUCUGAAUAUAA